AUGUCGUGGCAGGCAUAUGUUGACACCAGCCUCGUCGGCACCGGCCACGUCGACAAAGCCGCAAUCUUCAACUCCGAAGGCAACAGCGUAUGGGCCACAUCGACCGGCUUCCAGGUGAAACCUCAAGAGAUGCAAGAUGUCGUCGCGGCGUUCAAGGACAACUCGGAGCCCAAGAAAGUCCAGAUGAGUGGGUUGCACAUCGCUGGCCAGAAAUACUUUGUGCUCAAGGCAGAUGACUCGAGUAUCUACGGCAAGCAGGGUAAAGAAGGUGUCAUCAUCGUCAAGACGAAGCAGGCGCUUCUCAUUGCACACUACCCGGAGUCUGUCCAACCUGGCACGGCUACCAACACCGUUGAGAAGCUGGGCGCAUACCUUGUCAGCGUGGGCUACUAA